AUGUGCUACGACCGCUACGUGUCCAUCUGCAAACCCCUGCACUACGGGACCCUUCUGGGCAGCAGAGCUUGUGCCCACAUGGCAGCAGCCGCCUGGGCCUGUGGCUUUCUCAAUGCUCUGCUGCACACAGCCAAUACAUUUUCCCUGCCCCUGUGCCAUGGCAAUGCCCUGCGCCAGUUCUUCUGUGAAAUCCCUCAGAUCCUCAAGCUCUCCUGCUCACACUCCAGCUACAGGGAAAUUGGGCUUCUUGUGGUCACUUUCUGUUUAGGCUUUGGUUGUUUUGUGUUCAUUGUUUUCUCCUAUGUGCAGAUCUUCAGGGCCGUGCUGAGGAUCCCCUCUGAGCAGGGACGGCACAAAGCCUUUUCCACCUGCCUCCCUCACCUGGCUGUGCUCUCCCUGUUCCUCAGCACUGACACGUUUGUCUACCUGAAGCCCUCUUCCAUCUCCUCCCCAUCCCUGGAUCUGGCCCUGUCAGUUCUGUACUCGGUGGUGCCUCCAGCCCUGAACCCCCUCAUCUACAGCCUGAGGAACCAGGAGCUCAAGGAAUCUCUCAGGAAAGCCAUGUCUGUGUGCUCUUCAGCCUUUUCAUUGUCCCAUAACAACCCUCACAGCUUUGCACUGAGAGCCACACAACAGCUGGAAACACACCCCUGGUUUGGCUCCUGCUGUCUCUCAGCAUUCUCCCUCCAUCAAGGGGCUACGAGUGGGUCAGACCCUGGGAAGGGACAGCAGGCCAGAGUCCCAAAUUAACCAAAGGGAUAUUCCAGACUGUAUGGGACUAGUUGUGGUAUAAAUGCUAAGGAAGCAGGAAUAAUAGGGGGCAUUUCCUAUGUACAGCGUUUGCCUUUCUGAUCAAUCACUCCGCCUGCUCAAGUUCUGCUUCCUGGGAAGUGGCUGAACAUCACUCGCUGGUGGGAAGUAGAGAAUAAAAUUAUUGGGAUUUUUUUUUUCUGGUUGCUGCUGCAUGUAAAAACUUCUUAUUUUGCUAUAGAAAACUACCUUAUCUCAAUCUAUGAUUUGUCUCCCAUAUUAUUUUCUCUCCCCUGUCCAGCCAUGGAGGGGAGUGCUAGAGCAGCUUGGUAGGCACAUGGACUCCAGAAGAGGUAA